AUGUCUUCCCUUCCUGAACCCCUUCGCAUCGAUACAGAACGAAUCAUGAUUCAACUUUCCUCAAACCUUCUUACAAUUGAUACUCCUGUUAUAUCCGCCAAUCAUAUUCCUUCACCCUCAAUAAAGCAAAAUGGAGUAGACGACGGGAUUCAUACGGAUACGAUAGAGACAGAACAAAUAGGAAAGAAUCACCGUCGUAAACCCACUUACAUCUUCAGACUUUCCAUCGAUGAUCUUUCUCUCCGUACUAUGACACUUGACGAGAUAGACCAUCUCGAUCCUUCCACAGCUAUCACUUUAUCUGAUCAAUCUACUCUUCAGGAUGGAUCAAGUACUUGGCGUACAGCUCCAUCACAUAUAUCAUUCCCUUCUAUCAAUUCGAUUUCAACUUGUACCAUUCCUUCGCAUGGAUCACUUUCACCUUCAUCGUUGCCACCCACCGCAUCCCGUUUAUCGCAUAUUCACACAGUCGAUGGGUUGAAUACAGGUCGAAGUAGUGUGUCUGGGACGGAUGGUGGGACUAUGAGAUAUUACACAGCUAGAGCUACGUUGACUUCUUUAUUCGACGCGAAAGUUAAAGAAGAGAAAAAGGAUGUGAUGGUAGUUUGGUCCGACGCUUCCCCCUCGACUCCGACCAGUUCUUCUGAUCCUGUGGUACCUCUUAACAGGAAUUCAAAUCCUGUGAAUGGAGUCGAGGAUUCAAAAGGCAUGGGAAAUAUCAAGUCGACUGAAGCAGUCGAGCAGGGAUUGGGUUUAGAGCGAGGUGAAGAAGAGGAUGGAGAUACAACCCUUGUGGAACAUCAUUGGAGUUGGAAAUACAGACCUUCUCAUUUGACCGUUUCCGAUUUAGGAUCACCUAUGCCUUCUCGGAUUCUUUACAUUUUCCAUCCUCUUCCUGCUACACCUUUAUCGCAAACACACGUAGAGUUGGAUGGUAUGAUGAAGCAGGUGAAGAACCACGCGGGGGAAGCGUUCUGGCGUAUGAUUGGACCUUCGUUGACGGGUAUGGGUGUUAUGGUGAAUGCUUUUGAGGGUGUCGUAUCGGGAUUGGGGAAUAUGUUCAUUUCUCCAACGACACCUUCUCCUGUCGAAACGCCCCAUAUACCUAAAGUCUACGCAUGCGAGACGGUGUACACACUUCGUAUGCCUCAAUCGGAGACGACGAAGGAUGAUGGGAACCUUGAUUUAGGAAAUACGAUACGACCGGUGUUCGUCAAGAAAAGAGGUGCGAUACCCGAUUGGGAGAAUACGGAAGGGAGGUGGUGGGAAUCAUGGGAUGCGAGGGGUAUGGUCUUGUAG